AUGAUGACCGAUACCAUUGCACGAAUGGUUACUUCUGAUACAGCCUAUUCGCAUCCCAGUCUUGAUGAUCCAUCCAUCGAAUCUCCUGCAAAAGAACUUUCAUCGUUCAAACCGGGUCUAGAACACGGCAACAACAUACUUGAAGCUAGUUCUGCGAAACCAACCCAAGCCACAAUCUCUGGCUGUGCGACUCGGCCCAUUCCUAUCGUCGGUCGACUACCUACUCCGCAAAACUCCCCAAAGUUGGAGCCCGACGCGACACACGACCUGACUCUUCGUCUACCAUCAGCCGCUGUCGAAAGGAUUAGAAACAGAGCGUCUCGUAGGAAGAAACGGGCCAAGAAGCCAGCGUCUUCUGUGCAGAGCGUCCACGGCUUUACGCCUGUCGCGUCUGGGGACGAUGACUCAGACUUCUCCGUGAGCAGCUUUCGGGGAAGACAAGGCUCCAGUACAAACCGAGUACCCAGUGUCGUGAGGAAAGACCUGAAUCUGGGCGGUCUUAGUGGGACAGGAAUUGAUUUAGAAGGACGGUCGUCGUCGCCAUCUCCUGGUGUGAGCUCUCUGACACGUCAGCUGGAUGAGAUGAGUUGCCGAUCCAGCUCUGAACGGCCUCCCACAAAUAGAAAUAGGAGCAAGCUCGCACAAGCCACUAGUAGCGAAAGCGCAAUUUCGGCGACUAGUAGCGACGAUGACUUUACUCAGACCACAAGCUACGAGAUUCCAUUACAACAUGACUUUGUUAGCUCGGAUGUUUCUGAGAAGGAGAAGCGCGACGCACGACAAAAUUCUGUCUUCAAUGGUGGUGUUGUUCGGAAGAUGCAGGCAACCGACUUCUGUCCUCUCCGUUGCCUUGGCAAGGGAACAUAUGGGACCGUUCUUUUGGUCAAGCAGGAAAGUACAGGAAAGCUUUAUGCGCAAAAACAAUUCCGCAAGGCUUCUUUGACUAUUCGUAAAAAGUUGGUGGAGCAGACAAAGACGGAGCGCACCAUUCUCGAAAGUGUCAAUCGUCACCCUUUCGUCGUGAAGCUGUAUUAUGCAUUUCAGGAUCACGAGAAGCUCUACUUGAUUCUCGAAUAUGCGCAGGGUGGAGAGCUCUUCGAGCGAAUGCGGAACGAGCAUAUGUUCCCGGAGGGUACCGCAGCUUUCUAUAUGGGUGAGAUGGUACUUGCACUCGAGCAUUUGCAUAAGAAUUUAGGCGUUGUCUAUCGUGAUCUCAAGCCUGAAAAUUGUCUUCUUGAUGCUGAAGGUCAUCUACUACUGACUGAUUUUGGUCUCAGUAAAGUGGCCGCCGAUGAUGGGCAAUGUCGUAGCAUGACUGGGACUGUUGAGUAUAUGGCACCGGAGGUCAUUCAAGAACAACAGUACGGCACUCAAGUGGACUGGUGGUCAUUUGGGAUCUUAGCUGUCGACUUGCUCACUGGAGCGACCCCGUUCCAUGCCAACAAUGACAUGAAAAUUCGGGAGAAGAUUGUCAAAUCGAAGCUUGUGCUUCCGUAUUACCUCAGCCCCGAUGCAAAGGAUUUAGUCACGCGAUUUCUACGAAAAGAGCCGAAGAAGAGACUAGGCGCUUCCAUGCCCAAAGAUAUGCAGACAAUCAAGACCCAUCGUUUCUUUCGGAAGAUCGAUUGGAGGAAACUGCAAAAGAGAGAAGUGGAGCCACCAAUCAAGCCAUUGAUCACGGACCCAGAACUUGCUGAGAAUUUCUCUAUAGAGUUCACGAGUUUGGCCGUGAGCCCCGUGACGCCAGCGCCCUGGGAUCCACUGAUUCAUGGCGAGCACGACCCUUUUGGAGGCUUCAGUUUUGUGGGAAGCCGAAGUUUGCUUGAAGAGGCUCUUGGAUCAUAG